AUGACCGAUUAUUCGUCAUGGAAGGUCACCGAUCUGAAGGCGGAGCUCAAGCGACGUGGUAUUCCUCAGACAGGGUUGCGGGUUAAGCAGCAGAUCGUCGAGAGACUGGCAGAAGAAGAUGCUAAGGGACUCGAUGAGGAACAAAAUGAAGCUGCCGACGCUACUGAGCAACAGCAACCUGAGAAAUCGCAAACUGUCGAGCCGGAGGAGCCUACGACCGCUGAGAACGUUGAGAAUGAACCAGCGCAGGACGGAAGGCCUGAUAAUGAGUCAGAAAUACAACCCGAGGUGAAGGCCGCCGAUGAAAAGCCAGCGGAGGAUAUAUCUCAGGCGCCAUCGCCCCAAGAAGAUGCGGUCGAUCGCCCUCCACAGUCUCCCCCGAAAGAACCCGUCGAAGAAACGCAAGAAGCUCAAGAUAAGGAUAAGGGAAUUGGAGGGGAGGAAAAACAAUCUGAGGUUGAAGCCGCCCAGACAGAUGAGCAGGCUCCUGGAGGUGAGGCUCAACCAGAUUCCUCGAUCACUCAGGCUGGUGCUGGUGUUGAGGCUGCUGCAACAGCCGCGCCUUCUGGUGCUCAAACAUCUGGCGCUAAUACGGCGAUAUCGACGCCGCUUCCCGCAGAGGAGGUUAUUGAUGAUGUCAGAAAAAGGAAGCGUCGCAGCCAGAGUCCCGCCCCGCAUCUAGAGGCAGUCGCAAAUAAGAAGGCUAAGGUCCUUGACGAGGAAAUCUCUAAGAAACAGCCGGGCGACAUUGAGAAAACGAGCUCUGGUGAUUCCCUCAUGGCCGAUAAUGCGCCUAUCGCACCUGAGGUUUCGCAACCUGCACUCCAGGAAAACCCACCUUCAAGAGAUGCAGGGGGCGCAGAGCCCAGUCACGAAUCGCCCAAGUCCCAUAAGCAGGAUAUGCGUUUCAAAGGCCUCUUUACUGCGCCGGAACGCCAAAGGGCUCGCCCCGCAUCUCCUUCCGCCGAUGCGGAAAUGGAAGAUGUUGAAGUCAAGCCCGCCUUACACGCUGCAACAGCUGCACUGUUCAUAGAUGGCCUUAUGCGUCCUCUCCAACCGGCCGCUCUCAAAAAUCACAUACUAAACAUGGCAACUGCUCCCGACUCGUCACCAAACCCUGACUCGAUUGUUGAGUUCUAUUUAGAUACCAUUAAGACACAUUGCUUCGUCCAAUUUAUCGACGUUUCGACUGCUUCGAGGGUGCGCAACUCUCUUCAUGAUUCUGUUUGGCCAAAUGAACGAAACAGAAGGGCACUGUUUGUCGAUUUCAUCCCAGAGAAUAAAGUACAGGAAUGGAUCCAGCGAGAAGAGCAAGCACGCGGGCGCAGUGGGAUUCCCCCACGAUGGGAAGUUAGAUACGAUCGGACCGAUGAAGGGGUCGAGGCGAUCCUGGAAGAGGUCAACCACAAGAACGCGGGAAAUCAGGCUCGUCGGGGCUCAGCACAAAAAGAAUUUACACACCCUCCUCCUCGCGGGCCCAGAGCUGAGAUGCAGCACCAAGGGAGACGUCCCAGCGGCCCUACCCAGCCGAGCCGUGGCUCUCAGCCUGGGCAAGGAUUCAAGCCUCUAGAUGAGCUGUUCAAAUCGACGACCGCGAAGCCGAAGCUUUAUUAUCUCCCCGUCUCUCGAGAUAUCGCAGACCGACGCCUGGACAGGUUCGAUGACUUGUUGCGAAAAGGAUCAUACCCUCGUCGAGGCGGAGAUGAAACGCGGCGCAUAACGUUUGAAGAUGGUGACCAGUUUGUCGACAUUGGGCCGGAAUUCGGUGGUCGUGGUAGAGGCGGAGGUCGCGGUCGAGGAGGUCGUGGUGGAGGAAUAAUCAAUGCGCGGAGGGAUAGCCGGAGGGAUCGAUAUUGA